AACAAAGUUUAAUCCAACCGAAAGCAAUUGUUUAUUAAGCUGCAAAAAUAUACUCGCGGAAAAAAAUCAAAACAACCAUGAGCAACAACAAAUGUUGAAAAUGUUACUAACUUGUUGCUAGUUUAAAGCUAAGUGCGUUGUCAUUACCGAGUUAUGGAAAACCCAAGCUCUCGUGAACUAAAAAAGCAGAUAAAAGGCGAUGAUGCAUUCAAAAUGGACACGACACUGAUGAACUUCAUAGAUGCUCCCUUGGACGAGUCCAUGGAUUUGUUCAAGGCGGAGGAUGCCUUCGACACGUUCGACGCCGAGCUGCACUCGGACAUGCUGGACAUCAUCCUCAACGACAUGGACCUGGAACCGACGCAGAUGUACAACAUGCUGCAGCUGGACGAGCCUCGAACGCAUCCCCAGCAGACGCAGUCCGGGGAGCAGCAGCCGCAGUCCGUUGAGCAACAACCGCACGUAAAGAGCGAGCACUCUUCGCCAGUACACAUCAAGGAGGAGCUGCAGCAGCAGCAACACCAGUCACCGCUACUCGUCUACAAGCCGGAUUCAAUCAUAGCCCCCAACUACAAUCUUCCCCAGCAACAGCAAACGGGCCUUUUAAAGGCCGCCCAGCCAACGGCCACCAUACAUCACAUGGAUGCUCAGCGGCUGCCGCCGAACGCGACGGUGUAUCCUCCAACUCUGCGCAGUAGCUUUGUCUACCAGUCCAUGUCCCCGCCCACGUCGCCGGUAGAAUCUGUGUCCCAGAAUGUGAAUGUCAUGCAACCUGUUGCUGCAGCUCCUGCUCCUUUGUCCCAGCAGUCUUAUCCACAACCCUUCAUUACGUACAAUUCUAAGGCCGGAAUGACCUCCGAUGAAGCCAUGUACCUGCUCUUGCAGCCGACGGUGGCCAGUCCAACGCCAUCUCCACCUGUAGCUCCACCACCAACAAGCACAAGUAGUCGGGCCAGCAAGGUGCGAGUGGCACCACUGGCUCCGUCACCUGCCGCUAUGGAAGUCCAGGGCAAGGUACCUAUUAACCGGGUUCAGCCCAAGGUAAAGGAAGUGAAGCGAUCGGCCCACAACGCCAUCGAGCGGCGCUAUCGUACCUCAAUCAACGACAAGAUUAACGAGCUGAAGAACUUGGUGGUGGGAGAGCAGGCCAAGCUGAACAAAUCGGCAGUACUGCGGAAAUCUAUAGACAAGAUUCGGGAUCUGCAACGCCAGAAUCACGAUCUGAAGGCAGAGUUGCAGCGCCUGCAGAGGGAGCUAAUGGCCCGCGACGGCUCCAAGGUUAAGGAUCUACUUCAACUGGGAACUCGGCCAGGAAGAGCCUCCAAGAAGCGCCGUGAGAGUUCGCAGACCUUUUCCACGGAUGCCGGACUGACACCGCCACGCAGCGAUGUAUCGGAUCCUUCGCUCUCGCCCAUGCCCUCGGACAUCUCGUUGCCGCCAUCACCCUAUGGUGGCUCCACCGCCAGCUGCAGCAGCGGCAGCAGUAGCAGCAAUGAAGAACCACUAAUAGUGUCCAGCUCUAUGCGCGGCAUGGCCACCCAUUCUCGACUUGGACUAUGCAUGUUUAUGUUUGCUAUUCUGGCCGUCAAUCCCUUCAAGACCUUUCUUCAGCGCGGACACUAUGGCAGUGAUGACGAUAUUGGCGACAUGAGCGGUCAUAGACGCAUUCUCUCUUACGACGUGGACGGUGAUGGAUUUGUUGGCUGGCAACAGAGUUCCUGGAUAUGGCUAUUGAACUUGACAGUGAUGCUCGGCUGCUUGGUGAAACUGCUGGUUUACGGUGAUCCGCAGCUGGACGCGCAGACGGACGCCUACUGUCAGCACAGGCAGCGGGCUGACUCGCAUUUUGCCCAAGGACAGUCGGCUCAGGCCUACGCCGGUUACCUCAACUGUCUGCAUAUGUUUGGAUUAAGUCUGCCGUCGUCACGCUUAGAGUGCUACUUGCAGACCACGUGGCAGUUUCUUCGAUUUCUCUUCCAUCGCCUCUGGCUUGGUCGGGUGUUGUCGCGGCGGACCGGUGGGCUAUUUAGCAAUGCCGCUAGCCGGAAACAGGCGCUGGCCUCUGCACGAGAACUGGCCCUGCUUUUCAACCGACUGAAUCAAUUGCAACUGACUGGAAACGGAGGGCGCGGUGAUAUGAACGGCAUUAUGAUGGCACUAUUCGCCAGCAACAUGGCUGAAGUGGCUCACAACCUACUGACUCCGCGCGAGACCAUCUGCAUUCACGUAAUGACAGCGUUGCGUAUGAAGCGCAGUGCCCCCAAAUGGUUGCAACAGCUUUUCGCCCGAUACUACAUGAGCCGAGCUCGUCAAGAAUGUGGUCGAACUAGGGCUACCGAGCAAACGCAGGAGCUACGGUGGGCAUUCACCGCCUAUGGAUAUCGCUACUGCGCCACGCACGUCUUUGCGUACGACCUGAACGACUCCGGCGAGCAGGAUGGAUUUUUCACACGUCUUAGGAAUCCAUGUGAUCCCACUGCCCACGUCAUUAAGCAAUAUCGUGAGCAUUUGCUGUUUAAGGCCAUUCAGUGUCUGGUAGGGGCGGGCCACAAGUCGGGAGGUCUGCCUACAUCUACUGUGAGCGGAGAGACGGAACAGUUGCAGCAACAGCAACACAGCGGCACAAUCGUCAGCAAUGUUCUUAAGUACACCUCUCUCCUUAGAGACACUCUGUGGGCUGAUGAAGAUGAGCGGGAUACAAAUGUAGUGUGGUGGGCCAAUGUUUUGGAGAUCGCAGUGCACUGGCUCCUUGGUGAAGACACGCUGGCCGAGCAAUUGUACGGCAGCAUCAAGCAAAUGCCCACGCAGCUGCAAAAGAGUGGCGAAAACGAUCAUCUGCCCAAGGCGCUGCACGCAGUGCUACGAGCUAAGAUGAUCUUACUAAAAAAUAAUGGCAACGCACUGGACAAAAACCUCAAGCAAUUGGUCAACAUCCUCUGCGAUGAGUCGAGUGUGCAGCUCCAAGAAUGCUUAACUGUUAACCGAAUCACAGACGCCAAGGGCAUAAAGCUGCUUUUCCAAUUGCUCACCUGCGAUUGGCUUCUCGAAACUAGGACUGCUUUGUGGGAGCUAGAGCACAUGAAUAUGGAGGAUGAUGGCUUCUACCAAGUGCCCGGUGAAGUGCUCGAGAAGUUCCAGACCGAUUUGAAUUCGUUGCGUAGCAUUGUGGAAAAUAUUCCGAACGCCCAAUCGCGUAUAUAUUUGUACGAGGCAGUUUGUCGGCUGAUGGCUGGAGCUUCACCGUGUCCAACGCAACAGCUUUUGGACAGGAGUCUGCGAUCACGCAACGCCCACUCGUCUAUCUUCUGCGGCAGCAAGGAUCGGCGGCACCAGAACUUCGUGGGCGGGGAGCGGGAACGGGCGUCUGCCAUGUACGUGGCCUGCAAGUAUCUCCCGCCCGCGUUGCUCAGCUCUCCAGGUGAACGUGCUGGCAUGUUAGCCGAGGCGGCCAAGACCCUGGAAAAGGUGGGCGACAAGCGGAAGCUGAAGGAAUGCUACCAGCUGAUGAAGUCGCUGGGCAACGGCAUUGGCAGCGUAAAGGCUUAGGAUAGUAGUAAAGUAUAUAACCAUAAGUGGCACGAACGUGGUGUGGAUUUUCAUCAAAUUGCUUUCAAAGGAAUUACAACCGUCUAGGUCUUUAUUAUUUACUUUUCCUCUAUUUUCCACGCCCGAAAGCUUAGAUUGUAAUAUUAAAAUUAUUAAAUAAAAACAUUAUUUGUUUAUUAUUUACCGUAAACGUUAAGGUAUUUAUAACAAUAAAUAUUUUAACAGUU